GCUGCCGCUGCUGCUGCUGCGUGACGGACAGAGACCGUAGCGGUCCUGUUGUUCUCAACUAGCCGGCGGAACAGUGCUCGGCUCGGAGUGUGAUCUCUGCUAUGUAUGCAUAGAUGUGCAAAACCUCUGGAAUAUCCCAUCGCUGGAGAGGCUAUAAGCGUCCGGCGUGGAGGAACGUGUCUGUCAAGCCGACGAGAGGGAACUACGAUCCGGCGAGAGCAUGGCGGUAGAAGAGGAAGGUCUGCGGGUUUUUCAGAGCGUUAAAAUAAAAAUAGGAGAAGCUAAAAACAUCCCUCCAUACCCGGGGCCAAACAGGAUGAGGGACUGUUACUGCACUGUCAACCUGGACCAAGAAGAAGUCUUCAGAACGAAGAUUGUUGAGAAAUCACUCUGUCCGUUCUAUGGAGAGGACUUCUACUGUGAAAUACCACGUAGCUUCAGACAUCUCUCCUUCUAUAUCUUUGACAGGGAUGUCUUCAGGAGGGACUCAAGUAUUGGUAAGGUUGCGGUGAAGAAAGAAGACCUGCAUAAGUAUCACGGGAAAGACACAUGGUUCCAGCUCCAACCUGUCAGUGCUGACUCAGAGGUGCAGGGAAAAGUGCACCUGGAGCUACGUCUGAGUGAAGUCAUCACAGACAGCGGAGUCAUCAACCACAAGCUAGCCACGCGAGUGCUAGAGUGCCAAGGUCUUCCAAUCGUCAACGGCCAAUGUGACCCUUAUGCUGCUGUCUCACUUCUGGGUCCUUCCAGGACAGAAGCAAAGAAGACCAAGGUGAAGAGGAAAACCAAUAAUCCACAGUUUGACGAGGUUUUCUAUUUUGAGGUGACACGGCCCUUAAGCUACACAAAGCGACAGUUUGAUGUUGAAGAGGAAGACGUGGACAAACUGGCUCUGAGGGUGGACCUGUGGAAUGCUAGCAACUUGAAGUUUGGUGAUGAGUUCCUGGGAGGUGUGCGUGUUCCCCUCAGAAUUCUGGGUCAGUUUGGAGUCCACGAUGCAUGGUACUAUCUGCAGCCCAGGGAAAAUGGAGGGAAGUCGGUCAAGGUGGAAGAGCUUGGAUCGCUGCGCCUAAAUAUUGUUUACACCGAGGACCACGUCUUCCCCUCUGAGCACUAUACCCCCCUCAGAGAUUUGCUGCUUUACUCUGCCAAUGUACAGCCUGUUUCGGCGUCAACAGCUAACAUUCUAGGGGAAGUGUGUCGAGAGAAGCAAGAAGCUGCCAUUCCGCUUGUGCGUCUCUUCCUCCACUAUGGCAAGAUUGUGCCUUUCAUCAGCGCCAUUGCUCAUGCUGAAGUUAACCGUACACAGGAUCCAAACACCAUUUUUCGGGGAAACUCGCUGACAUCCAAAUGCAUCGACGAAACCAUGAAACUGGCAGGGAUGCAUUAUCUGCAAGUCACACUUAAACCAAUCAUAGAUGAGAUCUGCACAGAACACAAGCCCUGUGAAAUUGACCCAGUUAAGCUCAAGGAAUCAGAAAACCUGGAGACAAAUAGAGAAAACCUUCGUCACUAUGUGGACCGUAUCUUUAACGUUAUCACCACCUCUGGCGUUCGCUGUCCCACUGUCAUGUGUGACAUCUUUUUCUCACUUCGAGAGUCUGCUGCCACACGUUUCCAAGUGGACCAGGAUGUCCGAUACACAGCAGUGAGCAGUUUCAUCUUCCUGCGUUUCUUUGCUCCAGCCAUCCUAUCGCCCAAUCUCUUUCAUUUACGGCCACACCAUCCAGAUCCCGCUACCUCUCGAACGCUUACCCUCAUCUCCAAAACCAUCCAGACGUUGGGAAGUCUUGCCAAGUCAAAAUCUGCCAAUUUCAAAGAGUCGUACAUGGCAGCAUUUUACGACUACUUCAAUGAGCAGAAGUAUGCAGAUGCUGUGAAGAAUUUUCUGGACCUCAUAUCCACUUCAGGGAAGUGGGAUCAGAAGAGUAUUGAAACACCAAUCAUGCUGAAAGAGGGGAGUGUAAAAGUCACUAUAAAGAGGGUUGAUGGGAAGGGGUCAAAAGGCACCAAGGGCAGAUUUAUGAUAAAGAGAGCGCAAGGAAGGAACCGGUUUGGAAUGAAGAACUUUAAAAAGAGAUGGUUUCGUCUCACCAACCAUGAGUUCACUUACCACAAGACUAAAGGAGAGGGAGCUUUGUGCAGCAUUCCCAUAGAGAACAUUCUGGCUGUAGAAAGGCUGGAGGAGGAGUCAUUCAAGAUGAAAAAUAUGUUCCAGGUGAUCCAGCCAGAGAGGGCACUCUACAUCCAAGCCAACAACUGUGUUGAGGCGCGAGAUUGGAUCGACAUCUUGACCAAAGUCAGCCAAUGCAACCGCAAGCGUCUAAGCACAUAUCAUCCUUCAGCCUACCUCAACGGCCACUGGCUCUGUUGCAAGCUCUCUGCCGACACGGCGCCUGGCUGUACGCCCUGCACUGGCGGCCUCCCUGCCAACAUCCAGCUGGACGUAGACGGAGACAGAGAGACCGAGAGGAUCUAUUCCCUGUACAGCACAUACAUGACCAAACUGAUCAAGAUGCAAGAGGCCUGUGGCAGUAAGUCAGUGUACGACGGACCCGAGGAAGAGGAAUACUCCAGCUUUGUCAUUGACGACCCCCAGGAGACCUACAAAACCCUGAAGCAGAUCGUUUCUGCUGUACAGACUUUGGAACAGCAGCACACCAAGUACAAACGAGACAAGUUCAAGAAGACCAAGAUUGGCAGCCAAGAACAUCCAAUAGGGGACAAGAGUUUCCAGUGCUACAUCCGUCAGCAGUCAGAGAGCUCCACCUAUUCCAUCUGACCAUGACUCUUGAGACUCCUUCGGUGAUGUUCACAAUCGGCACGUUGGACUUGACAGUAAAUCACAGUCCAUUUGUUCUGAAGUGGCUUGCACCUGAUAUGCUGAAUUCAGGGAAAAUACCAGUUUUAAGUUUCCUACCAGGAGUAUCACGGGACAGUGGUGGUCUCAAGAUGCAUCACUCCACAUAUAUGGAGAAAGAGACCUCAGAUUAGAAGAGGAACAUAAGUCGAGUAAGAAGAAGAAGUUGAAGAACUUCAUCCUUUCUGUGCGAUGAUGACAGAACAAACCUUUUUACUGGACAGCUUUUACAGUGAACGACAUGCACUUUAAUUGCCUCCAAAUCAAUGACUUGCAGCACAUUUUCAAAAACUAUAUUUUAUGGCUUUCAUUUGUAUUUUGGUUUUUGUAAUAGUUCUUUGUGUAUCGCAUCUCACAGACCAAAACUUAAGAAGGAGCAACAGUAUUCCCUAUUUUUUUCCUGCCUAGGAAUAUCGGGUCGAUAGCUCACAAAAACAGAUUGACGGGACCAAGUGCAGCCUGAUGCGCUGCACGUGUGAGAGAAAUCACACUCCACUAGCACCCACUUCCAUUGUUUAUCAUCAAUGUGCUAACAGAUGCUGAGCUUGUAUUUGCUGUAGUGUUUUGAUGUCAUGCCCUGGCCUGCUCUGUGAGAUUUCAACUGAAUCAAAAAAAAAAAACCUGCAAGGCUUGUUUGGCUUCUAUCCUAGCAGUUUGAAAGCCGUUGGCUUUGCAUGUCUUCAUUGUUGGAGGUCUUUGGCAUCAGGAUGGAAAUGGUCUCAAGCUAAGUACUAAAUGCUUCACCCGUUUCACAAUCUUAUACAUUAGCCACACAUACGUGGUCAUAAGUCAUUUGGUUACAGAUUGUGAAGACCAUUUAUCCAUGCAUGAGGAAAGUUCACAAAAGACAGAUCAUCUAACAUCCUGAACAAAAAUAAUAAUUUUUAUUGUGGCAACAGUUGCAAUUGAGCUGGAAAUUUUUAUCAAAGGGGCUGAGAUCACUUCUACCUGUAUGCAGAGAUAAAAGUAAUGGCAUCCAUUUGUUUGUUUAUUUUCUGUCUCGGUUUGAAGACAGAAGACCAACUACCCCUCAACUAUGAAAAUAGAGGAAUCUUCACACAAUUCUCGAGCAACUGAGAAUUGUCUUUAGCUUUAGACCUAAUUCAUACAUCUUCCGACAUUCAACCCAUCUCAAGUUAUUAUCGUGAAAUGGGUCAUGGUUACUAGCUGUGUUUCCUAUUGGCUGCCUAAUAACUUUAUUUUAGUGAUGUAGCUGUGCGUUGCAGUGGAAACAUGGGCCUGUAGUGUCAAAUGUAUUUGAGAUGCUGCCUGCUGCCAAGCUUGCCCAUCAGCACCUCAUGAUCCGUUGAAGGUACUGGAUUUGAAUUGUUCUGACAUUAUUGGGUGUGUGUGUGUGUGUGUUGUCAUUGCAUCCUCUCUUUGUUUUAUUCAUCAUCAUUACAUCAUUACAUUUUCUUGCCAAACCAGUGCAUGUGUUGUCAUGACAGAUUCCAGUCACACAGACUUUAUAUCUCAGAAUUUAAGAGCCUGGUUGUGUACCCUCAGUGGUGGUGAGUGCCAGUCAUUAUCUCUUUAUUAAAAGGUGUGUGUGUGUGUGUGUGUGUGUGUUUAUACCUGUGAUGUUUAAAAAGCAGACACUCUGCUGGAUAACAUCUAUUUAGUUAGCCGGUUCUAUGAAUUUGACUCAUUGUCGUACAGACAUCUUGCAUCUGAGUUGAAUGACUGAAGUGUUUCUUAAUGUACAGUAUGUGCUUGUGAGCGUGUGUGUGAAUGUGUAGCUGACAUGCCAAGUGAAUUAACCCAGUGUUAGCGGUGAGAAGGCAGCAUGCCAGUGGUAAUUUUUUAUUAUUUUUUUAAAAUCACUGCCUGUAAUGAUACUAAUGCAACUGUCUUAUGUUGUUCCUGUACUUCUUAAUAUGUACAACCACAGUUCUUUAUCAUAGAACAUAAUUAACUCCCUCCAAACAUGCACGUGUGUCCAUUAAUGUCUCAGGUUUAUAGUAUAAACCACACACAACCAAGCCCGGUCAUUCACAUUAUUUUUUUAAUUAACCGUCUUGCAAACAUCAGCUGUGUUUUGGGGAAAAUUUGUUAAAGUAAUGGCAACAUCUCCCGCCCUGAAGUCUACAAAGGACUGAUUUAUGCAAAACAAAUUCAUUUUCCCACCUUGCAAUAAUAUUGACCUUACCCCAUGAAUUUGCAAAUUAACAACACGCAAAAUCAACAUGUAUUUGUAUUUUGUACAUAUAUUUUAAAAGUAAAAUGAGCUUAUUGUAAGUGUACUGUAUAUUCAACAGUGGGAUGAAUGGUGAAAUGUAUUGUGCUCUUUUCCAUUAACAAAAUGAAAAUAUUAAUGCAAA